AUGCAGACCGACCAAAUCCUCCGCUGGCUCUUUGUCGCUUCCACUGACAGCCUUCUGAUACACCCCAUCGAAAAGGCCUGCAAAUGGCGGCGCACCUAUCUAAAUUCUCCCAACACCAGCGAUAGCGAUAUAGAGACGCCGCCGCCUAACAAGCGCAAUCAGCUGAAAAGCAAGCGAGAGGUGCAGUAUGACGGCCUGUUUUUCAGGGAGAUUGUUCUGUGCGACCCUCCUGCACAGGUUAAGAGGCUUAUACAUGAAGUUGAACGGGGGAUUGAUGACGUGUUUGAGGCUCUUGGCAGAAAAUGGCUCCCUCCCUCUGUGCCCAACGGCAAGAUGGUCGACUUUUGCUUCGCCAUCGACCCUCGUUCCUCCGACCUCGAGCAUGAUGCAGCUGCCAAGAUGACAGCAAUCGAUGCACUCUAA